CUUGAGCAGGAAAACAACAGCACCACUGAGGGAUGUGAGGGGGCACUAAAUCUCUUCGUUAGUGAUUAGCCUGUGGAGCUAUCAUUAUUAUUAUUUAAAAAAAAAAAAAAAACUUUCCAUAUUUACUGCCAUUUCGAUUUUGACUUGACUUGUAGAUGGUGUGCUCAUGAACCUGGCCAGUCAGAGCGGAGAGGCCGGCUGCAGCCAGCUGCUCUUCGCCAACUUUAACCAGGACAACACGUCCUUAGCUGUUGGUACAAAAUCAGGAUACAAGUUUUUCUCUUUGUCAUCGGUUGACAAAUUGGAACAGAUUUACGAAUGCACUGACACAGAAGAUGUGUGUAUCGUGGAAAGACUGUUCUCCAGUAGCCUUGUUGCUAUUGUGAGCCUCAAGGCACCUAGGAAGCUCAAAGUCUGUCAUUUCAAGAAGGGAACUGAGAUCUGUAACUACAGCUACUCUAACACUAUACUGGCUGUAAAACUAAACAGACAGAGGUUGAUAGUAUGUCUGGAAGAAUCACUGUACAUCCACAACAUCAGGGAUAUGAAAGUGCUGCAUACAAUCCGGGAGACUCCUCCAAACCCAUCAGGAUUGUGCUCGCUUUCGAUCAGCAACGACAACUGCUACCUGGCGUAUCCAGGAAGUGCGACGAUAGGCGAAGUGCAGGUUUUUGACACUGUUAAUCUGAGAGCUGCUAAUAUGAUCCCCGCUCAUGACAGCCCGUUAGCGGCCCUGGCUUUCGACGCGAGCGGAACAAAACUAGCCACGGCUUCUGAGAAGGGAACCGUCAUCCGUGUGUUCUCCAUUCCAGAAGGCCAGAAGCUCUUUGAGUUCAGGAGGGGAGUUAAGAGAUGUGUGAGUAUCUGCUCGCUGGCCUUCAGUAUGGAAGGACUUUAUCUAUCUGCCUCGAGCAACACCGAGACAGUUCAUAUCUUCAAGCUGGAGACACAGAGAGAAAAGCCGCAGGAGGAACCCACCACUUGGACGGGCUACUUCGGGAAAGUACUGAUGGCGUCGACCACGUACCUGCCUGCUCAGGUGUCUGAGAUGUUCACGCAGGGGCGGGCCUUCGCCACCGUCAGACUGCCAUUUUCAGGACACAAGAACAUCUGUGCUCUGGCCGUAAUCCAGAAGAUUCCGCGUCUUUUGGUGGCGGCGUCCGACGGCUACCUGUACCUGUACAACCUAGACCCACAGGAGGGUGGGGAGUGUACCCUCAUGAAGCAGCACAAAUUAGAUGGAAGCGCUGAACCUGCAAAUGAAAUUCUGGAGCAGACAUGUCAUGAGCGCCCACUAGUGGCACAAACCUACAGCACUGCCAUUGCCAAAGGUUACCCUGAGGAUCAGGGAGCAGUGGGUGGAGCCGGCGUGGAAGACGACAUCAACGCCCUGCACCUGGAUGAAGAAAACGAGCAGCCUCCGCUAAUCCUGGAGACGGACUGAGAGCUCUAACCCCUGCGCAUCCCUGAUGAUGCCAUGGGGCGGGAAAAAAUAAAUAAAAAUAAUAAUAAUAAACCACAGAGUUACACAUUUCAGAGGGAGCGCGUUUCUUCCUCCUCUGGCGCUGCUAUGUGAAAGGGGUUGAGAAGACGGGGGGCAUUUCAUAAGCGAGCCUAGCUGUAGCCUUCUCGUCUAUCAUGUAUAGAUGUUUCAAUGUCCGGUCCCCCCAUUUGUGGCUUUUUUUAUUUCUGACACCUUUGCUAUAAAAUACUACAGCGAGAGAAAAGUUUAAGCUACAGCUGUAUCAUGUCGAGUAGCUUUGCAUGUACAUGUGCCAAGUGCAAGAAAAACGUUUGUUCAUGGUCCUGAUGCGUGUUCAGUGGACAUUCUCCUCUUGAGCCUUGACAUGCUUUAAAGUGUGUGUGUGUGUGUGUGUGUUACUUUGCUUAAGCAGAAGAUAGCUAACUUAAUGAUGCGCCUGCUACACCAUACUGUGCAAUGUUAUUUUAAAUUGUCAGAAAUGUGGGGCGUCUGUCACCUGUGGCGAUUUUUUUUUUGUGACGAAUUGUGAACGUUCGUAACGUUUCUGAUGCCUUCAUGUUACUUUGCCAGCUUAAACAAUUCUUAAUGAAGACGACACUGAUUGUCUAGACACAGUAUUCACAUCACAAGCGCCACGCUUCUCUGACCUUUUUUUUUUCUUUUUCUUUUUUUGGAAGUUUUAACCAGAAAUCUAUGAAGGAUCUCCUUGUUUAUUUCUAGACCAAUAAUCCCACUACUUUUAUGGACCAUUUUUUUAUUUUAUUUUUUUGGGCGGAUGGAUCUUACAGGUCAGGUACACCCUUUCCCCUUCCUCUUCCCCUGAUGUAAUUGCAGAAUUGUACGCGCCAUUAAGACUUUAUAAAGCAUCAACCAUAUCAUUUGGAGUGGAAAUGAUGUGUUCAUUAUUUUGGGUAGAUGUUGGUGUGCAAACACUGCCCUGUGAUAUUAUAAUAAUAAUAACAAUAAACUGCCAGCUAUCGUCUGGUUUUCAGUUUAA